CUCCUUCACCGCAACCGCUUGCCGCGGGAGCGGAGAGAGCAAUCGGCCUCGGGACGUCCGGUUGCGGUGUGUGAGAGGAGGUGGAGGAGGCUUGAAGGGAGACAAGCGUCUCUCUGAGGGGACAUCCCUGAGAGGGGGCGGCGGACUUCUGCCACCCUUGCGCUCCUCAAACUCGCUGCGUGCUGACGGGGCAGGUCACUGUCCAGCCCCAGCCCUGCUGAGAUCUCAGUGCGCAAUUUUGAGGGUCCCACCCUCCGCGGGCCUGCAUGCUUUUUGGGGAGGAAGCCAUCGUAAAGCUCCCCUGGACCCGAGACAAGGCCGGGGACCGGCUGUGGGCCACCUCCCUCCCAUCACUGGAAGUGAGUCUUGCUUCCAAUAGCCCUUGGAAGGCGACAGUGUGGAGUUCCUGCAGCCUGUGAACUGUGAGUGAAGGCAACCACUGACUCACGAAAUCAGUGCAGGGAAUAUCGCUGCCUGCUUCCCAACUUUGGAAGCGCACAGCGGAGGGGUCGCUGAAGACAGACGUGGAAGAAGUGCUAAAGCAGAAGACACGACACUUUGUAACACUUUAGGAAAAGACAUAAUGUCAAGUGGAGAUGGCCAGCAGUCGCAGGCUUUUACCAAGCCCACUUUUACUGACGCACAAGCCUCUGCGCUGGUAGAAUCUGUUUUUGGGUUCAAAGUUUCUAAGAUCCAGCCACUCCCGAGCUAUGACGACCAAAACUUUCGUGUUCACAUUUUAAGAAGCAAAGAGACUACAGAUGAGCCAGUUGAAUAUGUCCUCAAAAUAAGCAAUACAGAGUCUAGUCGAACUCCAGACCUGAUUGAAAUGCAGAACCAUGUCAUCAUGUUUCUGAGAGCAGCUGGAUUUCCAACAGCCUCCGUGUGCAGAACUAAAGGGGACAACACAAUCUCACUCGUAUCCAUUGAUAGUGGAUCUGAAGUCAAAAGCUACUUGGUAAGAAUGCUCACUUACCUCCCAGGAAGACCAAUAGCUGAGGUUGCCAUCAGCCACCAGCAAUUAUAUGAAAUAGGAAGGCUGGCUGCCCAAUUGGAUAAAGCCCUGGAGGAAUUCCAUCACCCAAAGUUAAAUCUUCUUCAUCGGGAGAACUUUAUCUGGAAUCUGAAGAAUGUUCCUCUUCUAGAGAAAUACAUGGGUGCCCUGAGCCAAAGUCCAAACCGGGAGAUUGUUGAACGGGUCAUUCAGCUGUUCAAGGAAGAAGUAAUGACCAAAUUAAGUCAUUUUCGAGAAUGUAUUAAUCAUGGUGAUCUUAAUGACCACAACAUUUUAGUAGACCUCAGCAAGUCAGCCUCUGGAGAUGCUGUGUAUCAAGUCUCUGGGAUUUUAGACUUCGGUGACAUGAGCUAUGGCUACUAUGUGUUUGAAGCGGCAAUCACCAUCAUGUACAUGAUGAUUGAAAGCACAAACCCUAUACAAGUAGGAGGUCACAUCCUCGCAGGGUUUGAAAGUGUGAUCCCCCUGACCGCUGUAGAGAGGGAUGCUUUGUUUUUACUUGUAUGCAGUCGUUUUAGCCAGUCUCUUGUCAUGGCUGCAUACUCCUGCCAGCUGUACCCAGAGAACAAAGAGUACCUCAUGAUUACAGCAAAAACUGGAUGGAAGCAUUUACAGCAGAUGUUUGACAUGGGCCAGAAAGCUGUAGAAGACAUCUGGUUUGAAACUGCCAAGUCCUAUGAAUCUGGGAUCUCCAUGUGACAGAUGCAGUAAAAAGUUAAACCGCUCAAAAC